GCUGUAAUCAAAUCAGUAUAUGUUUAUGUUUAUGAGAAACCUACAUGUGUACAGACAAGGCUAGUAGCAGCAGUGCCGCGUCAUACACGUUGCUGGUGUGCAAAGACAAAGAAAACGCCACGCAGCCGCCACGCAGCUGACACGCAACAGAAACGCCACGCUCACGCCACACAGCCAGUGUGCAGGAGCUUUAAUACUUUCAGUACAUUUUCCUGAUGGUACUUAUACACUUUUACUUGGGUAACAUUUUCAACGCAGAACAUUUACUUGUAACAGAGUAUUUUGAGUAUUAGAUAUAAUAACUGUUCAACCCACCAGCCGGCUCUACUAACAAUGCACCAUCCACAGUCAGUAGGAUGUUAACAGUGCAACAGGGAUGGUUUAUCAGCUCUGUAGCCAUAACUACUUCCUCGUAGAGUUUAAAACGUGUAUACGUUAUGUUUCUUCAGUACAUUUCAUAUGAUCGUUCUAGGCGUUCUCAUCAGACGUUGAUGUCUUUUGACUUUCAGAUGACUAAAGCCGUGGUUUCUGGAAUGCAGCAUACAUCUAGUACCUCUUUACCCGAAAUUAAACUGCUUCCUUAUUCUCCUCCCAGAACUCCUGUAAAACGGUGUUGUUCUGUGUGUCUCUGUGGCCCAGAUGAAUCAUUAACUGCUUUCUGCAGAACGCUAGUAGUUUUAGUUUUAAACUUCUCUGGAAUUUUUAUGAUAACAGAUAUCACCAUCUUGUAAAAAAAACAUAUUUGUGUGAGUGUGAUUGUAGAUUAUAAAUGACUUCUCAGGUUGUUGAACCUCCACAUUCCCAGAAACAAUGCAAGAAAUGACCUGUGUAUCUGCAGCCCUGUGUGUAUGAAGAGAAAUAACUGCGGUUAUGUCUGUAAUAGUUCUCUGUUUUGACACAUUCAUGUUGUGGGAGGCAGUAGACUAAUUUACCGUACGACAUAGUUGUUAAAAUGGGUUGUGACAGUAAUUUAGGUAAUAAAACAAAAUUCCCGUUUUUGUUGCCAAAGUCUGAAGUUCAGACAGGAAUGAAGUCAUCAUGUUAGCAACCGCUUCACAGUAAACAAGGGACACAUCUCAGGCAGAGAGUAAGUCAUUUUGAUCCUCAGAUCACAUUUCAUUGUGUUUGUUUUACAGAAAACUCUUGAUCCAUAAAUUGGGAAUAACGGAUUAGAUUUUGUUCAUUUUUGUGUUGUCAAGUACACAGCACUUCAUCUAAUACGCCUUGGCUAAUGGGUCACAUUGAUCAUAACUGCUUAAUCCAGAAUCCCUUUUUGUAAAACGUGUUGAUGAAUUUGUUAGUUUGAGAAUGAAAGUGUGAUUUUAAAAAGGAGUCUGAUUGGUUUGAUGAUAUUCUACAUCUUAAAGUCCAUACGAGUUGGCAAAGAGCUUCCUAAUAUCUCUUCCUAAUCUCCAGAGGUUUGUACGAGCUCAUUAUUCAGAUUUUAUUUAAAUGCAUGUAAAACUGCGUUGUGUUUAAGACAUUUUUGGUUCCAAAAUUCCUGCUGAUGUUGCUGAUCCCCUGACUCCUACUUCACCUGCAGUAGCUCCAUCAGAAAGUCAAAAUUUGCACCCAUUUUGGUACAGACGUGCAUGUUCCCUUUUAGUGCCAUUAUCAGGUCAACAUUUAAAUGCUGCUGUUAACAUCUUUACCUACUGUGUACCUGGCAGCGGACUCUGGACUGAGGAUGGAAAUGAAUACACCAACUCCUGCAGAGACCCGGGCCGAACCCGCUCUCACCAGGAAGCAGUGUAAAGCCUUAGAGAGAAGCUGUGCUUCCAGCUCGGCACCAUGGAAUAAACCCUCCCUCAGUGAAAUCCCGGAUUUUGAAGAGCCAUCGUACAGCUGUCCGCGUCGGAAAGCUCUCCCUGCAAAAAAGCCUGAUCUAAAGUCAGUGCAGACUCUGUCAGAGUGCCUACAACUUCUUCAUCAACUGUCAGAGGAGGUCAACAACAUCAGCCAGGGGAAGUGUGGCAGUAAGAAGGCUGUAGCAGAGAGGAGCAGCAUGGAGCCAGACAGCCUGGAGAGCAGCAGGAGUCUGAUCCUGCACUGGGCCAAGGAGCUGGACCUAAACAUGGUUAAAAAGAAAACCGAGCCAACAGAUGGAAAGACAAGAAGAAGAGAUGAGCCAGGAAAGAAAGAGAAAACAGAGCUGGAAAAACACAAUGGGAAGCUCCAGCAGUGGGCAGUGGAGCUGAAGAAUCUCAAAGAGGCCAACGGUGUGUCUGACGAGGAACUGAAGAAGCUGCUGUAUCCCCGAGGACUUAAAGAGUCGAGGAUGGCCGCCAUCCUUCCACUGCUGGAGUUUGUGGCUUGGGCCCUGUUAUCAGAGGAUACUGAGGAGGCUGUAUCCAUGCUGUGGCUGCCAACCAAACAAAAGGCCUGGAGGACAGGAACUGGAAGCCCCAGAUACAUACCUAACUCAGUGUGGCAGUGGAUUCGGAGUGCCUCAGUGUCUGUCCGUUUGGACGCCAGCACCUGCCCUUCCUGGCUGGCUGUGUCCCCCGACCGCCUGCAGUUACAGGGGGCAGCGGGGCGCACAGCUGCUCCCUCCAACAACAGCGGACGUUUAGCGGAGUGGCCCUGUGUGCUGGGAGACACCGUCAUCACUACAGGGAGACACUACUGGGAGGUGGAGGUGUCCCCCAGCGGUACCUGGAGAAUAGGUGUGAUGUCAGAGUCUGCCAGGGAACAAAGGUCCCCCAUGUCGCCCGGGAGAGGAUACUGGACACUGUGGAAGGGCUCCAGUUUUUGGGCGUGCACCGAGGAGCCCACUAAGCUGCAGAAGGCGGCUCUGCCCCGACUGAUCGGGGUGUAUGUGGAUGUUGGGGAGGGCCAGGUGUCUUUCUAUGAUGUCGAUCGAAAGGUUCACAUUUAUACUUUCUCUGAUACCUUCAAACACAGUCUAAUUUUUGCCAUUGGCGGCCUACCUGCCACGUUGGCACGUAGCCAAUGAGAAUUGAGUGAUUCAUCAGUUGUUAUUUUGCCACUGUUGUUUUGUCACAUUUCAACCAAGUCUGCCAUUUCCUUGGCCUCCAUUUGAGCUAAAAAAAAUGUGGUGGCACAUUACUGGGGUGAAGAGGCCGGCCGAAACGAGCAAGCAACAAUGAGAUGAGGAUGAAUUAAAGAAAAGUAAAAGAAGAUGAUUUUUAAUGCCGAGUGGACAGUUGGCGACAACAGCAAGCAGCACUUAAAUGUGUUUUCUUAACAAGUUCAAGAACGAUGCUCGUGCGUUUCGUGUAUUUCACCUUUAUGAGGCAAAAGAGAAAUUGCCUUAAAAAGCCUGUGUGGCAGGUGGAUUACAAAUAAAAUCUGGUAUUUAUCUAUGGGGAAAAGCAGACAUUUCCAAAAUGCAGUACCAAUAACUUAAUUCGAGUUAAGUUUAAAUUAGAGUGAAUUUGACUAAUGGCGGACAAGCACUAUUUUCUGAAUGAUCCAGGCAUCUGGAUUUUGAGUUUAGUUUCACGAUGCAGGGAUAUUCCUAGAGCAGAACUCCUAAGAUCACAAUAGAUUAACACAGACUUUUUUAGCAAUUUUUUUUAGGGGUGCCCUAGGGGAGAUGUUAGCCCUAAAAAGGGCUAACAUCUCCCCUGUCUCGCCAUGAGAACACGAGCCUUGGGUGGUUGAAAGUUCAGGAAAAAGUAUGCCAGAUCAUUUUGUUCAUAGUACAAAAUAUUGUACAUGGGGCUGUCCCUCAAUACCUAAACAAUUUUUUGUUUCUGAUUUUGCUCCUCCCAGGUUUAGGAAUAACCUAAGGGAAGGAAACUUUAUACAUGACAGUAAAUCUGUGGAAUAGAUUGCCAGCAAUUCACAGUAUAGGAUAUUAUGUUGGAACAUGUUUUAUUCAUUAAGAAUAUUGAGAACACCGGUGAUGACGGGAUUGCAUUGUGUAUUAUUAUUGUCUUUGAUUAAUGUGUUUAUGGUGUUGUAUUGGCCACGUUAGAUUUGCCGUCUAACCCACUCCUGUACACCGAACAUCACCUGGAACCACAAUGGAAAUAAGUAAUAUCAUAAUUUACAUAUUUUUUUGUGUUAUCCUGAUUUUUCCUGUCAUGUAAGCACUGGCUUACUGGCCCUGUCUGAACAGGUGUAUUUUUUUGGGAAUGAAAUUGUCUUAUAAAAUCAAUCAAUUAAUCACUACUUUACGUUGAUGAGUAGUUUAAAUAUAAUGGAUUUAAAUUCUGAAUAUUUACUUGAAUUACUUUAUUAUUUUUUUGUAAUCUUUUUUCAUUUACUGCACUUUUGAAUGUAUGCACAUGUAUGUUACAUUAAAUAAAAAUGAUAUCAAAAACAA